AUGGCCAGCUCGAAGCUCGAGUGCAUGAUCUGCCCUAACCGAUCCUUCACUGAUAUUCCCCAUAUCUUAACCCACCUUUCGUCCAAAGCUCACUUGUCUCACCAGUUCAAUAUUCAAAUUCGCGCCUACAAGGACAACGAUGCUGCGGAAACACUGCAGAACUACAAUGAAUGGUACUUGGCAAAUGGCUUCGCUGAGAUGCUUUCCAAUCGAGCUACGUCAAAAACUGAUCGCAGAAGCAAGCGAAAAUCGGACGCAACUAAGCUCAUUCCUUCUGUUCCCAGCGGAACUCCUGUGUCCAAUGGAACUACUGAGGAAUCCAUGCCCAUCAUUCUUGCUGUUGAUGACCUGAGAGCACCGCCCAAACUCUCUGGGGACCUCGAAACUCGCUCCGACGGUGGUCAUCCCGCAAAUGAGACCGCGACAGCCGCUUCCCCUGACCACUUUGUGUCAAAGUCGACCAAUUCAUCUGAUCUUUUGCCGAACGCGUUGCCAGAGUUUCCCAAGCAAGUCAAUCAUCCGAUAAAUGCUAGUACCGAAGUCGCUCAUGAGACACCAUUUGCUGAACGCUGCCUCGACAAGUACACUUCGCUUCCGGUAACUCCGACCCGUGCCCCUCGCAAGGAUUCAAAGGGAAACGUUCACCAUUCGGAAAACGGAGAAGAGGAUCGAGCUCAACCUCAAUCAGUUAAUCAGGAGAACGACAUCGCCACAGAGGAUAGAUCCCGGCUGAAGGGUGUCUACUGGCCUGGCAUGGACAUCUUCGAUGCCGCCACUGAGGCAAUGCGAAAAGUGCGCAAUCAGAAGAAAGACGGCAGCGCUCUUCGGCAGAUGAAACUGACUUCAAGUCUGGUGGAGCCAACUGAACAGAUCUUCUCCCAUGAAGGAGCUUUACUGAAAGAGCGUGUGAUCACAGGCGAAGUUGACGAUGACAGCGCGCUAGAAGGCGAAACUCCAGUUCCGAAACCGGCCCCUCGCUCCAAGCGAACCAUCUUGCGCGACAAUGAUCCCAACAUCAGCUUGACUCAAAGCCGUAAGCGCCCUAAAUCGCAUGCGGUCCAAUCCUCGCUAAAAGUCAAAAAAACCCGAGCCAUUCCUCGAUCUGGAACAUUCACCUGCUCCAAUGGCCCCUUUGGAUCUACUUUCCUCGCAAGGGAUUCGGUCGAAGACUCAGACUUCAAUCUUACCACAGGGAAUUUUGGCACGCAAGCUAACACAGCAUUCACUGUUUACAAAGACAACAAGGAACCGGCAGCACGAGCCUCGAUGAACGAAGACCACAGUGCCGACAUUCGUGAGAUGCGAACGACAUUGACUCCGGCUCGACUCAUGCUCGAUCAUAAAACCAAUCCAUUCACGCAUGAACAUAGCAUUCAUUCCGCGGAAGUCAAGGAGAACAUUGAGCCCUUACUGAAUGUUGGGGCUCGCGUCGUAUCCCCGUUCUGGGAUCUCCCGGCCGCAGAUUGGAAAACUCAUGAUUCGAAUACAAACAACCACACCGCAUCCAGCUUCUGGGAGGCCGACUCAGAGCUUGGCUUUGAGGAUAUCUUUAUGGAAAGUCGGGGCAGACCUUAUCUUCGCAACAACCUUCUGCCUCCUCCGGCACUUCAACACCCUAAAUUUCAUCGUCAGCCUUCCAGCGACGAGACCGUCGACAGCGCUGGCUGGGCAGGCCUUUCUAGGGCCAAAUCUCCAGAGGCUAAAAUGUUCGAUAAUGGAGCCCGAGACCUCUCCAAUGUCUAUCUCACUGGCCCUGCUGCGGACUAA